CAGUAUGAACAACAUCACACAAUUACCAGAAGAUGCAUUUAAGAACUUUCCUUUUCUAGAAGAGCUACAAUUGGCUGGCAACGACCUUUCUUUUAUCCACCCAAAGGCCUUGUCUGGGUUGAAAGAACUCAAAGUUCUAACUCUCCAGAAUAACCAGUUGAAAACAGUACCUAGUGAAGCCAUUCGAGGACUGAGUGCUUUGCAGUCUUUGCGUUUAGAUGCCAACCAUAUUACCUCAGUCCCCGAAGACAGUUUUGAAGGACUUGUUCAGUUACGGCAUCUGUGGCUAGAUGACAACAGCUUGACAGAAGUACCUGUGCGUCCCCUCAGCAACCUGCCCACCCUGCAGGCGCUGACCUUGGCCCUCAACAGAAUCUCGAGCAUCCCUGACUUUGCCUUUACCAACCUGUCAAGCUUGGUGGUUCUGCAUCUUCAUAACAAUAAAAUUAAAAGCUUGAGUCAACACUGUUUUGAUGGACUAGAUAACCUGGAGACUUUGGACUUGAAUUAUAAUAACUUGGAGGAAUUUCCCCAGGCUAUUAAAGCACUUCCUAGCCUAAAAGAACUGGGAUUUCAUAGUAACUCUAUUUCUGUUAUCCCUGAUGGAGCAUUUGGUGGUAAUCCACUCUUAAGAACUAUACACUUGUAUGAUAAUCCUCUGUCUUUUGUGGGGAACUCAGCAUUUCACAAUCUAUCUGAUCUGCAUUCCUUAGUCAUUCGUGGUGCAAGCAAGGUGCAGUGGUUCCCCAAUCUGACUGGAACUGUCCAUCUGGAGAGUCUGACCUUGACAGGUACAAAGAUAAGCAGCAUACCUGAUAAUUUGUGCCAAGAACAAAAGAUGCUUAGGACUUUGGACUUGUCUUACAAUAACAUAAGAGAUCUCCCAAGUUUUAAUGGUUGCCAUGCCCUGGAAGAAAUUUCGUUGCAACGUAAUCAAAUCUACCAAAUAAGGGAAGGUACUUUUCAAGGCCUGGUAUCCCUAAGGAUUCUAGAUCUGAGUAGAAACCAGAUCCAUGAAAUUCACAACAGAGCUUUUGCGAAGCUUGGGCCAAUAACUAACCUAGAUGUAAGUUUCAAUGAAUUAACUUCAUUCCCUACGGAAGGCCUGAAUGGGCUAAAUCAGCUGAAACUUGUGGGCAACUUCAAGCUGAAAGAAGCCUUAGCAGCAAAAGAUUUUGUUAAUCUCAGGUCUUUAUCAGUACCAUAUGCUUAUCAGUGCUGUGCAUUUUGGGGCUGUGACUCUUAUGCAAAUUUAAACAUAGAAGAUAACAGCCUUCAAGACCAUAGUGUGACAAAGGAGAAAGGUACCACUGAUGCAGCAAAUGUCACCAGCAGUGCUGAAAAUGAAGAGCACAGUCAAAUAAUUAUCCAUUGUACACCCUCAACAGGUGCUUUUAAGCCCUGUGAAUAUUUACUGGGAAGCUGGAUGAUACGUCUCACCGUGUGGUUCAUUUUCUUGGUUGCAUUGUUUUUCAACCUGCUAGUCAUUUUAACAACCUUCGCAUCUUGUACAUCACUGCCUUCCUCCAAGUUGUUCAUAGGCUUGAUUUCUGUGUCUAACUUAUUCAUGGGAAUCUAUACUGGCAUCUUAACUUUUCUUGAUGCCGUAUCCUGGGGCAGAUUUGCUGAAUUUGGCAUUUGGUGGGAGACUGGCAGUGGCUGCAAAGCAGCUGGGUUCCUUGCAGUUUUUUCCUCAGAAAGUGCCAUAUUUUUAUUAAUGUUAGCAGCUGUUGAAAGAAGCUUAUCUGCAAAAAAUAUCAUGAAAAAUGGGAAAAGCAAUCAUCUCAAGCAGUUCCGGAUUGCGGCCCUUUUUGCUUUUCUGGGUGCUGCAGUAGCAGGCUGUUUUCCCCUUUUCCAUAGAGGGGAAUAUUCUGCAUCACCCUUGUGCUUGCCAUUUCCCACAGGAGAGACACCAUCAUUAGGAUUUACUGUGACCUUAGUGCUGUUAAACUCACUAGCAUUUUUAUUAAUGGCCGUCAUCUACACUAAACUUUACUGCAACUUGGAAAAAGAAGACCUCUCAGAAAAUUCACAAUCUAGCAUGAUUAAGCAUGUUGCUUGGCUAAUUUUCACCAAUUGCAUCUUUUUUUGCCCUGUUGCAUUUUUCUCAUUUGCACCAUUGAUUACUGCAAUUUCUAUCAGUCCUGAAAUAAUGAAGUCUGUUACUCUGAUAUUUUUCCCGUUGCCUGCUUGCCUAAAUCCGGUCCUGUAUGUUUUCUUCAAUCCAAAAUUUAAAGAAGACUGGAAGUUACUGAAGCGACGCAUUACCAAGAAAAGUGGAUCAGUUUCAGUUUCCAUCAGUAGCCAAGGCACCAGUAAAGAAGAUUCCUCCACUCCCAAUUGCAAUUUUCUCCCUCACUUAAUGGCAGAUGUAAGCCACAAAGGUUGCAGGCUGAAAAAGUUUGGUGGACUGGCAUAUGAAGUCUCAACUUUUGAUGAAACCGAAAGAGCUGAGGACAAGUUCAAGAAACUGCUGCUGCUUCUUAAAGGCUUUCAGGUGGUGAAGGUUUGA